AUGUCUCUUCGCACACGGUACGGCGUAGCAUCAGAUGUUGCAAAGCCGACGAGCGAGCCCGUUUUCUCUGCAAAUGAUUCUAAAGCGGAUCGUCGGACAUUGACAUGGUUGGAGAUACCCGCAUGGCAAAAGGACAAUGAGUACAUUUUGACGGGGUAUAGAAGGUCAGUGGCUGUUCUGACAUGGUCCAGUUCAGCUGGCGCGGUUGUGCAUACUCCAUAUUUGGAUGUACGUAGCAGCCAGGCUUUCCAGGCCGACGUGACGCAAUAUGAAGUGACUGACUACUCCCGUCUUGACGGCCUCGGUAUUUUGCAGACCUACACAAUGAAACAGGUCGACAUUGACUUACGCGACGCUUCAGUGAACAUCCACACCCACUUGUUCGGUGGCCUCCUGUUCAUAGUGUUCCUCAGCACGUUCCCGAGCGUGUAUUUUGCACAUUACGAAUCGACAACGUGGGCGGAUUUUGCCGUAUUCGUUAUCUUUCUCGCUUCAGCGGUGUUUUGCCUGUUCUCGAGCUCGUUCUACCACACGUUUUCUGUCCACUCGCAUGAGGUGUCCUUGCGAUGCAAUGCCGUUGACUAUGCAGGGAUCGUAGGUAAGGUCUCAUCAGAAUCGUCUCUCUCGUCACCGCUAGAUUCUAACUCCACGGCGUUCAAUACGAAUUUGGCAGUCCUCACUGUGGGCUCAUUUUUCCCUUGCAUAUACUACGAGUUCUUCUGCGAUACUCCUCUGCAAAUUCUGUAUCUUUCCCUAAUCGUCGUCGUCGGCAUGGGCGCGGCGUACAUCGUUUUGGAUCCCGAGUACCGCAAGCCCACCCAUCGCGGUGCACGGACAAAGGUGUUCAUAGCCCUGGGCCUCUGUGCGGUCUUUCCAGUUGCGCACGGGCUGGUGACGCACGGCAUAUACAAGUUGUGGUCAGAGAUGGGUUUCGGGUGGCUGCUCGCGUCAGGGCUGCUAUACAUCAGUGGUGCCUUGCUGUAG